AUGGUUACAAAAUUAAUAAAAAGUUCCGAUUGCAACACUCACGGUAAAAAAUUGAUUUUGGAAGCUAUAGGAUUUAAAUUUUUAAAACGGUUGUUAUUAUGUCAUGAUGUCACAGCAGAUUGUCCUCCUUCAGUGUAUAGGUCUGUGGCUUUAUCUGUAUUAUCUAGUUUUUGUUCAGAUCCAGAUUUAGCCACCCACCCUGAUAUUUUAACUAAUAUUCCAGUUUUUUUUGAAAUCAUUCAAAAAUCUGAUGAUGAUGAUGAUCUAGAUGAGAAUUUAAUGGCCAUCAAUGAAGCCUAUGCUUGUCUUUGUGGUAUAGCAUCAACCAAAGUCGGUCAAGAAGAAUUACUGAAAGCAAAAGCUGUUACAACAAUGUGCGAGUUAUAUUCUCAUCAAAGUUUUCAAACCGAUCAGGCUUUAAACAUUCUUGUCACUUUAGUCAGUCGAUUUGGUCCAUCUGUCUGGGAGGAGAAUACUAAACCGUUUCAUGCGAUAAUGACAAAAAUUGCUUUGGAUUUUAAAACAGAUAAUAGUGACAGGAAAUUUGAACUUUGUGAAAUACUCAAUGCAUUAUUAGUUAACAGCAGUAAAAGCAUAUCAGUGACAAACAUGAAAGAAGAAUCUUGGCCAGCAAGCAUAUACAAGGGAUUAAAUGAUAUUUUAAGAAGUAAAAUUGGAAGGAAUCAGAGAAACCCUGCUUUAAAAUUGGCUUCUUUAAUGGUUGAACUAUGUGGAGUGGAGUGGACAUUUUCCGAUGAAGAAAAUCCUCAUUAUUUGUUUUUACUUCUAUUGCUGCAGUUAUGCUGUGUGGAAAUUAGAAUGCAACUUGAAGACCGCACAAUAAAUGAUAUAUUAAAAAAUGCUGAUUUAUUAACAGCCUGUUUUACAAUAUUGGAGUUGUCUAUUGCUUAUAUGGCACAAGAUUUAUUGGAUUUAGAGCAAAAGGAAAAACAAAAUUUAUAUGUAUCACUCAAAGGUGCCUUUACUGCGGUUAUAACGACUUUGCAAUCAUUUUCAAAAAGUUACCAGAAAGAUAGAAGUAAAAUGAAACCGGAAGAAAUUGUUUUUACCAUUGCCAUGGUUAGGGUUUUAGCCGCGUGGUUGGCACAAGAAACGACUAGCAUGAGAUCGGCCGUUUACCAAAUAUUGCCAUUUAUUCUAACAAUUGCCAAUGAUACGUUUUACGCGUGCCGACAAAAGAAAAUGGAAAAUCAAGAAAAUGGCGCGAGUUCCAAACCAAAAACCAACGACUUAUUUGCCCAAUGUGACGUUUUUCGUAUAAUGUUUCCGGCUCUUUGUCAUUUAACCGUCGAAGAGGAAGCUAGAAAAUUAAUGUUGAGUUUGAACGAAGAAGAAAUUCUUUAUCAGGCAUUCGUUUUUCAUUGGUCGAAAAUAUUAGUAAAAACACCAAAGAAAAAAAAGCCAAAAAAUGAAAUAAUAGAAGAAGUAAAAAAUUUAUCACUUUCCGAAUCAUCCGCAGGAGAGGGAGCCGAAGAAAGAAAAGAUUCAAAAACGGCCAUUAUAAGUCUUUGUAACAUUUUUAUGAAUUUAACCGUAUUAGAACCGAAAUUGGCGGAAGAAAGUCCGACAUUUUCAACCCUAUUAAAAUUCAUAUUGAAUAAUUUAACGGAUUUAAAAGAUGAUUCUGAUAAUUUGGUAUUAAUAGGAAAUUUAUCAAUAUUGGGUUUGCUACUCCUCAAACAACAAUCGAAAAAAAUUAAAAAAAAUGAUUUUUCAAUUUGCCGUUUCAUACAAUCAACGAUUCGGUUUUUAUGGGAUGCAUAUUGCAUUGACGAAUCAGUGGAUGCAUCAUCAUUAUCUGUAUCAAUGAAAUACAAACAAUAUUGGCCGGAACUUAUGGAACUUUGGUUUUUGGGAAUGCAAACAAUAAGUGCCAUAUUAAUAUUAAUACCUUGGCUUUCAGAUUUUGCUAUUGAAAGCGGUUGGGCGGAAGGAAUUAUUGAAAUGUUAAAUAAUGUUAAAAAAGGUUGUUUACCUUCUAACACAAAAUCUGCAUAUGAAGAUUUUUUUUGUAAUCUUAUUGAAGCUGAUAAAAAUUUAGUUAAAAUUCUUAAAGAUAAAGGAGACGUUUAUUCGCAAUGGUUUAAAUUUCGAUAUGAAUAUUUAUCACCGGAUCCGGAUGUUGUUUUAUUAUUGAAAACUCUAAGGAAAACAUACAAUUUAGUACUAAUGUCAAAUGGACCCUCAAAUUCUCAAUGGGAAAAAAUAAAAAUGUUAAAUUUAAACGAUUAUUUCGAUUUGAUUCUCGUUUCGGGUGAUUUGAAAUUUGAAAAACCAGACGAAAGAAUAUUUUUAAAAGCUUGCUGCCAUUUUGGAGUGUCAGAAAAAGAAUGCAUCAUGGUAGGAGAUAAAUUGGAAACUGAUAUAUUGGGGGGUAUAAGAGCUCGUUUAGGGGGCACAGUUUGGUUACCUUUACCCGAUUUCGUUUACGAUUCGGAUACAAUAAAUAAUAUAGUACCCGAUUGCAUUAUUUACGAUUUUAAAGAAUUAAAAUAUUAUCUUGUUCAAAGAGAAGUGUGA